AUGUUUUAUGUGAACCGAGUCGCCCAGGACAUGGAGAACAUGUCAGAGGAUGACGGAUGGGAGUUUUGUGAACCUGGGAGACCAGCAGAGCUUCGGCAUCAAGACAGCUGGGCUGGAAGAGAAGGCCACCGCCUGCCAGAUGCUGGUGUGCUAUGCCAAAGAGUUGAAGGAAGGGUUUGUAGAGUACACAGAAAGGUGGUCAAGCUGAUGGUUCCUCUGCUCAAGUUCUACUUCCACGAUGGUGUGCGGGUGGCAGCAGCAGAGUCCAUGCCCCUGCUGCUGGAGUGGUGCGCGGGUACGAGGCCCAGAAUACCUCACACAGAUGUGGCACUUCAUGUGCGACGCCCUCAUCAAGGCCAUUGGCACAGAGCCAGACUCGGAUGUCCUAUCGAAAUCAUGCAUUCUGUUUGCCAAGGUAACCAACCCCCCUCAUCCAUCCUCUCUCAACAACAACACGGACCAGUUGAAUUGCAUUUCCCAUCAGGUUUAGACUUCAAUAAUUGA